AUGUCGGAUUUUUUGCCAGAAGGAAUCAUCAUCAACAUCCUCAAAAGACUGCCCGUCAAGCCCCUUAUUUGCUGCAUGUGCGUUUCAAGAUCAUGGUACACACUAAUCACUAGCCCAGAAUUUGUUUCCACUCAUCUAAAAUUCAGCGUUGCUAGCAGUGAAGGUUCCCCUCUGCUUUUACUAAGGCGUUGCAUUAGAAAAAAUGAGCGUUACGAGUUGUUCUAUGAUAAUGAAUCUUUUGAUCGGCAUUUUAGGCUUCAAUUCCCCUUUAGAAGCAUAAACUCAUUUUUCACAAUCAUUGGUAGCUGCAAUGGAUUGUUGUGUCUUUCUGAUGAUCGGGUAUUUUAUAUGAACACUAUAAUUGUUUGGAACCCGUGUGUUAAAAAGUCAGUUCUUCUUCCGAAACCCAAUGUGGUAUAUAAUUCAUAUGGUAGUUUUAUUCUAUCGCUUGGAUUCGGGUUCGAUCCUAUUAGAAAUGACUAUAAAGUUGUUAGAAUUACAUACACUGAUUUGGAUAGAUGCUUGCCUCAGGUUGAGCUUUAUAGGUUGAGCAUGGGAGUGUGGCAAGACAUUAGUCGUUUGUCGCUUCAGUACAUUAUACAUAAUAGGUCACGCCAGGCUUAUAUAAACGGGGCUGCUCAUUGGAUUGCUCGUGACUUGUAUGGAAAUGAUACGAUUUUGUUGUUUGAUAUGUGCGAUGAGGUGUUUGGGACGGUGAUACUGCCUGGUAAUCUAGCAAAAGAUGAUUUUCCGAGAAGUAAGGAAUUGAUGAUCUAUAAGGAAUCACUUGCUUUCGUUUUGUAUGAUGUAUCUCGGGUAGAACAAGAUUUUUCUGUAUGGGUGAUGGAGGAGUAUGGCAUCGUGGAGUCAUGGAACAAACAAUUCAACGUUCAUUUCAACGAUUUUGGCGGAGGAUUUAUGAAACCAUUGUGGGUUAGAAAAGAUGGUGAAGUUUUAAUAGUUACAAAGGAUGGCUCUUUGGUUUCUUGUGAUUCCAAUGGAGAACAAGUUACUGAUCUUGGAGUCAAUGGCUCUAGAUCGGAGGAAUAUUUGCGCUCUGUUCACUUCGAUGGUUACAUCAAGAGUCUGGUUCUCUUAGAGAAAGGGCCUCAUUUCAGUGAAUCGGUCACUUUGAGGAAACUACCAUCUUUGCAGAGUGAUGAUUGUGACUCUGAUACUGAUGGUGGAAGCGAUUACAAGUAUAGCCAUGAAGUUAAUACGAGCACAGGGCAAAAUAUUCAAUUCCGUGCAUAG